AUGACGAAGAUGCCAUUGUGGGAUCUUCGGUGGUCGUUUUUACUCUUUAUAUUUGGACAACUUGAUGUACAUUAUGUAAGAGCAACUUGGCCCUCACCAAACUCUUCCGGUGUUAUACAACUAUUAGGCCUUUUUCCAGAUAAAGAGAAUGCAUCUAAACCUACCGAUUUGUCUGUUCAGUCUCGCGCUAUGUUUAAAGCAGCAGUCUUGCUUUCUCAACAAUAUAAUAUAACAAUUGAAGGACAAUUCAUAGAAUGGCAAGUAAUACAAACCGGUGGCACUGCAAUAAAUGCUAUUAGCAGUACGUGCCAGGCAAUAUCUGCUUCUAACAUUGUUGGUAUCGUGGGUCCAGGAUUAUCAAGAGAAACUCUCAUUAUUGCUGACUUUGCCGAAAAAGUUGGUAUUCCUGUUGUAUCAUAUAGUGCAACUGAUCCUGAUUUAUCUGAUCGAAAUGCCUACCCUGCUUUUUAUCGCACAGUUCCUUCAGAUAAUGCAGCUGCGUCGGCAAUUGUACAACUAUUUAUUCAAUUUAAUUGGACUUCAUGCGUAAUUAUUUAUCAAAAUGAUGCAUUUGGAUAUGAUGGUGCAAGAGUAAUAAGUGAGGCAUUUAUUAACAAGGGUUUCAAAGUCGCAGAUACGGUAGCAUUUGAUAUUGCAACACAUAACUAUCAAGACGAUUUGGCACGCUCUUUAACCACUAGUGCAACACGAAUUGUACUGUUAUGGGCUGAGCCAACUUAUACAUCUUUAAUUUUACAAGAUGCACUUGAUGCUAAUGUACUUGGUCCAAGUUUCACAUGGAUAUUAAGUUCAAGUGUUUCAUUAGAUUCUUUUAAUCAAACAUUUUAUUCAAAUUUAACCGGAAUGCUUACUAUUGAACCUACAACAGCAACUACUGUUGGUGCCUCGAGUAAUACAACAUUGUUAAAUGCAACGUAUGCUAUAUGGCAACAGUAUGAGAAUGAAACAUUUCCUUGGUCGACAAUGGUAAAUCCUUAUGCACUAUUUGCAUUUGAUGCAACUUGGUUAUUGAUUCAAUCAUUACAACAACUUUGUUCAACAACUACUAAUAGUUCUUCCUCAUGUAUAUCAUUUGACGGCUCUUCAUUCUGUUUUGAUCGUCGUUUUCUCAAUUCCAAUUCAUUUUUUGAUACAGUUACUAAUAUGACAUUUCUUGGUGUAUCUGGUCCUAUAGAAUUUGAUGUUAAUGUAACAGAUCGAAUAAAUGGUAGUUAUUAUUAUGCACAAAACUCUCAACAACCUUCUUCAAAUAAAAUAAGUUUUGUGCCAGUAUUGGCUUAUUCUGAUCAGAAUAAUUGGCAACAGUAUGCAGGAGAAAAUUCGAUUAUCUGGCCAGGUAGUUCAUCACAACCUCCUACUGGUAUUCCAAAACUUGAUGGUGUAACUUUACGAAUUGGAGUAAUUGAAUCAGAUCCAUUCACAAUAAUUACCAUUGUAGAGGGUAAAACACAGGUAACUGGUUAUAUCAAGGAUCUUAUUGAUGAAUUACAAAGCAUCACGAAUUUUAUUCCAGACAUUAGGGUAGCACCAUCAAAUGAAACCUAUGAUGCAUUAGUCCAAGCAGUAGCUGAUGGUGUUUAUGAUAUAGUGGUAGGUGAUGUGACACUUACUGCUAACAGAAGAAAAAUCGUUGGUUUUUCAAGGUCAAUAUUUGAUAAUUCUUUACGCCUUCUUAUGCGAAAAACUCCCGAUGCUAGUGUCGAUCUCUUAGCGUUCUUGAAACCAUUCUCACGUAAUCUCUGGUUAUUGAUCUUAGCUGCUGUUGUAUAUGCUGGUAUCUUAAUAAGUCUAUUAGAGAGAGAAGAGAACGAAGCAUUACAAAAUAGAUCAAUAAUUUCUUUAUGUGCAAUGAGUAUGUGGUAUUCUUUUGGCCAGCUUGUGGGAUACGGUGCAGAUUUUGAUGCUAAUACAGCUGCUGGACGUUUAUUAACUAUUGGUUUAUAUAUCGUAAGUAUAGUAUUAGUGGCAUCGUAUACUGCAAACUUAGCAUCUGAUCUAACAAUAUCAAAAUCGCAAAGUGUUAUUUCUGGAAUUGGUGAUAUUAAAGCUGGAAAAAUACCAUCUAAUCGUAUUGGUAUUCGUGUAGGUACAGCUUCGCAAGAUUUUUAUUUAGCAGAAAUCUCUAAUAAUAAUCCAAAUUAUUUUCCAAUAAUCGGUGCAAAUACUCGACAACAAUCAUAUGAUGAUUUAUUAGCUGGUAUAAUCGAUGUAACUUUUCUGGAUACUGGGGUUGCAGAAUAUAUAACUAAUAAUAUAUAUUGCAAUUUAACUUUGGUUGGUGAUGGUUUUGAUGAAGGCGAAUUUGGUAUUGUUACACCUAUAGGAUGGCUAUAUGGGAACGAUUUAGAUGUUAGUAUAUUAGCAUUGAGACAGAAUGGUACUCUUGAUGAUUUGAAAGCAAAAUGGUUUGAAUCACAGACUUGUCCUGAUGCAACUACAACAUCUACUGCAUUGGGAAUUGAAGCAAUGAGUGGAUUAUUUUUGGUCUUUGCAGUGGUUAGUGGUCUAUCAUUAUUAUUAUUUGUAUGGAAGAAACGAUAUAUUAUAAUAAAUUUUCUAUUUAAAUUAGCAGGUCGAAAAACUUCGUUUGGCAAAAAGAAGGGUUCUGCGAGAAGACGCUCAAGAAAAACUUCUAAAGAUUCACAAAACUCCCAAUUACCGCCGUCCGAUUUCUUUCAUUUUUAG